AUGGAGGAUCAAUCUCGUGGUCCUGUUUGGGAAGAUAUCACAGUGAUGAGCAUAUGGCAAAACAUGAAGCAGCUGAGACCAAACAGACGAAGCAGAAACUUUGUGUAUGCUAAAGAAUCACUGAAUAACCUGAAAUUGAAGCUGGCAUACUUUGUUAAGAGUUUGAAGGAAAAUCCAAUUAUAAUUGAGAAGAAAACGAAAGGACUGCAGGUCAGGGAAUUGGUAGUUCCAGCAGAUGCUGAAGAGAUAAAACUUCCAGAGGUUGCUUCUUCAGAGAAAGUUCAGACAGAGUGGACUUGUGCAUUAUGCGAAAUGACAACCACCUCGGAGCAGAACAUGAAGUCCCAUCUUAACGGAAGGAAACAUAAAGCUAAGUAUGAAGGGCUGAAAACUUGCGAACAAACGUCCAAAAGCGAUGGAAGUUUACCAGUUCCAACAAAGUCAAAUCAGCUUAAUCUGGAGCAAGUAAAACAUGCAUCUGCAGCACAACCACAGCACAGUGCUAAUGAAGCAGUUGAGCCUAAACAGGUUAAAAGUGUGAAGGAACAUCCAAUUCAGAUUGAGAAGAAAACAACAGGUGUGCAGAUCAAGGAUACUGCAUUUCCAGCAGAUGCCAAGGAGAUUAAACUCCCAGAAAUCAAUCCUCUAAAGAAUGUUCAGACAGAGUGGACUUGUGCGGUAUGUCAAGUGACAACCACCUCAAAGCAUGACUUGAAGUGCCAUCUUCUAGGGACGAGACAUAGGAUAAAGUGUGAAGAGCUGAAGAGAACGGCCAAAACUGAAAGAAACCCACCUUCUACUUCAAAUAUACCAGAGCUUAAGCAGAAGCAAGUAAAACAUGCACUUGCAGCACAAAACAAGAACAGCACUAAUAAAAAACCUAAAGAAAAUGUCCAACUGAGAGCUACUACCGGGCAACAUCAAAGGCAGACACAAGUUAAGAAUGCUGGUGGUGCUACUCAUAAUUCUAAGCUGUGGUGUAGUUUUUGUGACAUUAGGUGCCCUGAUGAGAUUGCUAUGGCUGCACAUCUUAACGGUAAGAAGCACUUGGCAAAACUUCAAGAAAGAAUGAAUUUUUACUAGUGGC